AUCAUAUCAUGUUGUCUUUUCUUCCAAAGCUUUUAAAAUGUAAACGUAACUUGGCUUAUCUUGCACGUUCGAUUUACGGUGGCCGCCAUCUUGCUGUGAGGGAAGCGUGAGUCAUAUUAUAUUUACUCUGUUCCAUCUGAGGUUAAUCACACAGACCCAAGAUGGAUGCAGAUCUCUAUGAUGAGUUUGGGAACUACAUCGGACCUGAUUUGGAAAGUGACGAUGAUGAGGAUGAAGAAGAACAGCAGGAAGAUGAGGAAGAGGAGGCAGAUGAGGAGGAGAUGGACAUGGACCGCGAUGAUGACCAAGACAUCAAUGACAUGCAGGUGGUACUACACGAAGACAAGAAAUACUACCCCACACCUGAGGAGGUAUAUGGACCAGAGGUAGAGACAAUAGUUCAUGAGGAGGACACCCAGCCCCUGACGGAGCCCAUUAUUGCCCCUGUCAAGAGGACAAAGUUCCAAGUUGCAGAACAAGAACUGCCAGAAACAACUUAUAACAUAGAGUUUUUAGCAGACUUGAUGGACAACCCAGACCUUAUCAGGAAUGUGGCACUGUGUGGUCAUCUCCACCAUGGAAAGACAUCAUUUGUGGACAGUUUGGUGGAGCAGACACACCCGGAGAUGGAAAUAGAGGAAGGGAAAGAUCUUAGGUACACAGAUAUUUUGUUUACAGAACAAGAGAGAGGUCUAAGCAUCAAAUCACUCCCUGUGAGUCUCUUGCUACAAGACACCAGGACAAAGUCAUACCUCGUCAACGUGUUUGACACACCAGGACAUGUCAACUUCUCUGAUGAGGUGACAGCCGCGUUCAGGAUGUGUGACGGUGCUGUUAUCUUUAUUGAUGCUGCAGAGGGGGUGAUGUUGAACACAGAACGCCUCAUCAAGCAUGCCCUCCAGGAGAAGCUAGCAGUCACAGUGUGUAUUAACAAGAUAGACAGAUUGAUACUGGAGCUCAAGCUGCCGCCCACUGAUGCUUAUUAUAAACUGAGACACAUCGUGGAUGAAGUCAAUGGCCUGAUAAGCACGUUUGCAGAUGAGGAAGAAGACAUGUCGGUCUCCCCUCUGAAGGGCAAUGUCUGUUUUGCCAGUUCGUACUACAGGUUUUGCUUCACUCUCAGCUCCUUCGCUAAGAUAUACUCUGAUACGUACGGUGGUAUUAACACAUACGAGUUUGCCAGGAGACUGUGGGGAGAUAUCUACUUCAACAGCAAAACGAGGAAAUUUUCAAAGAAGCCUGCCAACAGCACAUCCCAGAGAAGUUUUGUGGAGUUUAUAUUAGAACCACUGUACAAGAUAUUUUCUAUGACUGUGGGGGACGUGGACCUGAACCUGCCGCAGGUGUGUGAGGAGCUGGGCAUCAGUCUCACCAAGGAGGAGAGGAAACUGAACAUACGGCCCCUUCUCAGGAUUGUACUGAGGAGGUUCUUUGGGGACUUCUCAGGCUUCGUUGACAUGUGCGUGCAGCACGUGCCCUCCCCUGGGGACCACGCCAAGUCCAAAGUAGAGCACACAUACACAGGGCCUCUGGACACGGAGCUGGCAGACUCCAUGACACAGUGUGAUCCUGAUGGUCCUCUUAUGAUCCAUACCACAAAGCUUUACCCCACAGAAGAUGCUACAGCAUUUCACGUGCUUGGUCGCGUGAUGAGUGGCACGCUGUAUGCGAACCAAGAUGUCAAAAUCCUCGGGGAGAAUUACUCAUUACAGGAUGAAGAAGACUCCAGGUUUGGUCAGGUGGGAAGACUGUGGAUAUAUGAGGCCAGAUACAAGAUAGAGGUGAACCGUGUGCCAGCAGGUAAUUGGGUGUUAAUAGAGGGCAUAGAUCAGCCCAUAGUGAAGACUUCUACUAUAACAGAGGCCACAGGGAAUGAAGAGGCCUUCAUCUUCAGACCUCUGAAGUUCAACACAAGUUCUGUGAUCAAGAUAGCCGUAGAGCCGGUCAAUCCAUCAGAGCUCCCCAAGAUGUUGGACGGACUGAGGAAAAUUAGUAAAAGUUACCCUCUUGUAACAACAAAGGUAGAAGAGUCAGGAGAGCACAUAGUGUUGGGGACAGGGGAGCUGUAUCUGGACUGUGUGAUGCAUGAUCUCAGAAAGCUGUAUUCAGAAAUAGACAUUAAGGUAGCUGACCCAGUAGUAACUUUUUGUGAGACAGUGGUGGAGACUUCCUCCCUCAAAUGUUUUGCUGAAACACCCAAUAAAAAAUCCGAAAUGUGAAGUUUAAGAUCUUGGAUGCAGUGAUAGCCCAGGAACCGAUCCACAGGGGAGGUGGACAGAUUAUUCCAACAGCCAGGAGAGUGGCAUACUCUGCUUUCCUAAUGGCCACACCCCGUCUGAUGGAGCCAUAUUACUUUGUGGAGGUUCAGGCCCCUGCUGACUGUGUGUCUGCAGUGUAUACUGUACUGGCUAGGAGAAGGGGUCAUGUGACUCAAGACGCUCCAAUCCCAGGCUCACCACUGUACACAAUCAAAGCUUUCAUUCCUGCCAUAGAUUCCUUUGGGUUUGAGACAGACUUGAGGACCCACACACAGGGACAGGCUUUCUGUCUGUCUGUAUUCCAUCACUGGCAGAUUGUACCUGGAGACCCCUUGGACAAGAGUAUCAUAAUUCGUCCCCUGGAGCCCCAGCCUGCCACUGCUCUGGCCAGGGAAUUCAUGAUCAAAACCAGGAGAAGAAAGGGUCUUAGUGAAGAUGUCAGCAUCAACAAAUUUUUCGACGACCCUAUGUUGUUGGAGUUGGCAAAACAGGACGUGAUGUUGAACUAUCCCAUGUAGGUUUCCAACCUCUAGGCCAGACAAAACAGGAUGUGAUGUUGAACUAUCCCAUGUAGCUUUCCAACCUCUAGGCCAGACAAAACAGGAUGUGAUGUUGAACUAUCCCAUGUAGCUUUCCAACCUCUAGGCCAGACAAAAUUGAUGUGUUGGCUAAUAAGCACAAACGACCCUGAUUUUGAGUACAUCACAUUUUUUGGCAUCCAGUUCUUUACUAAAAUAGAAAAAUGUAUAAGAUAUUGAUGUGAUAGGUGGAGGAGAUUUACAAUUGACUCCAAGAAAUUUUGUUGUUGUUUUUAUUGCUAUAAAAUUGCCCACGCUGUGGAUUUGACAUUUCCUCUCCGCCCCAAAAAAUUUGUUAAACUCUAAAAUAAUGACAUUAUGCUUCUUGAACUUAAUGUUUAAAAAGCAAAAAUAAAUUUUGUCUAGCGACCCCGCUUACAGAGACAUUGCUUGAAAGAUGACAUAUCAGUUUUGUCUGGUCUUGCUGGAGAUGGCCAGAAACAGAAAUGUUAAAAUGCUUGAGUCAAGCAUGGAGGACAUAUGUCCAUGAAGAGGACAGUGAACAGUGUGUUGUCUGUUAAACAUGAAGGUGAAGUUUGUACACAAAGAUAUAUAACAGCACAUAACAAGUCUAAUUGCCACCAUUUCUUCUCAAACAGCUUAAGAAAAGAAAUAUGAAUCCUGUGCUGGAAUUGGAAAAAGGAACUGAUGUAAUACAGAAAACGUGGAAUUUUGAUUAAAGAGUGGCAGAGAAUAUUUUGUAUUUUCACUUGUGUAUUCCUCAUGAUUAGGGUGACUUGUAUGUAAAUGUAGUAUUUUUAUAAGAAAGCGAUACCAAAUGCCUUACAGGUGUUUUUAUUGCAAAAAAUAAAUGAAGUACGCUUGGAGUAACGGUGGUACUAUACUUCUUGUAAAGUCAAUUGUAGAAAUAUAUUUCCGUGUUUUGAUGAGUUUAUUACCCGUAUCAAUGAUUAUGCAAUGGCGUGAUUAUAGGAGAUGACUAUUGUAUACUCUCCUCUCGCAGAAAAGAAAGACUUUAAUAAAAAUACAAAUUCAAAUAAA